AUGAAGAAGUCCUUUAUUGAAAGAAUAUUCCCACACCCUUCAGGGAGUCUUCCUCAGUAUGAGCCCGAGUCAGCAGCGCCAUCUCGAUCUCCUCGAUCUCCUCCCCGAAUUGUCCUAAAAGAUUCUGUCGCGUCCCCAUCGGGUAGCCGUAACGCCUCUACCUCUCCUCGCCAUUUCACUCCCUCUCUGAGUUCGCCACUAGUGCGAUACGACGACCCCUUUCUCCAGGUGGAGCGAGCAGCAAAAUCCCUCGAGCGGACAUUCCAGAGCCUCCUCGACGCACAAUCUGAAGGUCUGAUUGAAGGCAUUGGAGCAGAGCCCAAUAACGAUGCUUCGUCAGCGGGUAGUCCUACCCCUACACCCUCUGUCUCAACACCGCCUAGAAGGGAAAAAGAGCCCAGAGCUGUGCCGGUACGGCAGCCCCAAACCAAAAAGAUAUCGCUCCGAGGAGCUCGUCAGAGGAUAGCAAAAUCAAUGCGGGAGCUUGCCGCGGUGAAGGACUGGGAAUUAAGACUGAUUGACAAAGAAGUUGUGGCCCGUCACAAUGCGUUGAAGCAUGCCUCUGAUUUGGAAAGCCGGCGGAAGUUGCUGCAAGACGAGAUAGAGAAAAUCCAGGCCGAAACGGGAGCUACAAGUUUGCGGUCUGAGGUCCAACAGGUCGAACAUGACAUUCGGGAAUUGGAGAACACAUUGUUCGAGCUAAGGGCUCGACACCGACAGCUUCAAAACCAAGUCCGAGAGCUAGAGAGUUCGAAAGAUUCCAAACUGAGCUCCUUCAAGGAAUCCUUCAUCUUGAAUGAAAACCAGGUCAAGCGCUUUCUCCGCCAACCGCCAGUUCCGCAAAGUCUGAGUACAGCCCGAGAUCCUGGCAUGUACGCGCUGAAACCUGAGAGACGUAGCCUCCAAGGGGCUCAAGACCAGUGGACAUCCGAGAUCGAGAUGCUGAAUCUCCGAAAAUCAGAUGUUGAGAAUGAGAAGCAAGCACUGGAGGUGGGCUCAAAGCUCUGGCGAGAAGCAGUACACCGUAUCAGGGAAUUCGAAAAGGAACUUCGAACUCAGACCAAUAACUUAUCUCAACCACAGCUCCAUUCAACUACCGGCGGCGGCGAUACUUUUGCUACAGGUCAGUCAACGACGGCGGCGGCAGCAGGAGAUACCUCCUUGCAAGUGGUCUUGAACAAGUUAUCAAGCUUGAUCACUUCUCUUCAACAAGACCUCGCCUAUGCGGAAUCCAAGAAUUGGAAUCUCCUCAUUUGCUCAAUUGGAGCCGAAUUGGCCGCGUUCGAGCAAGCUCGAGAUCUGCUCCAAGAGACAGCCAACUGGCCCCAUGGUACUUCAGUUCAUGGUGGCAAUGAGCAGAAUCUUGUAGACGAAGACGACCAGAUCACUCCCUACGAAGAUCUGUUAAGCGGUGGUGUUAUCCAGACCAAUGGCGCCGGCUCACGGAGCCCAGGAGAGAGCAGCAAUCACAGUCUGGAGGACACGCUGCGAGAAUUUGAGAAACGAAAGGAGCAGAGCAGCGGUGCGGUCUACGAAUCUUCACGGCCUGGCGCCACCGAUUUUCUCGACGACGGUUUUGGACCUAGCACUGUCCCUGGACCAGUGUCCGCUUCGACAAAUCCCCCCGAUCCAACAUCUGAGAGCGAGGACGACGACCCUGGUCCGGACUUCCUCCUUUCUCAUACCUAA